AUGCGUUUGCAUGCUUCUGGACUCGUGAGGUUGAUCCUUACCGGUCUCAUUCCCAUGGUUCUCUUGACGUUUCUCAACUACAAGAUUAUACAGGGUUUACGAAGUAGUCCAGCUGCCAGUAGACGAGCAGGAAGUGAGUCUAGGCAAGCCCUCACACUUGUUGUGAUUGCCUGGAUCUUCCUAAUCUGCCAUACACCCAGGAUUCUGCUGAACCUAGUAGAGAACCUACAGAUGGAACACUUCUACAACUGUCAGGGGGAGAUGAAGGUUCCAGCCUGGUUCCAUUGUCUUACAGGGUUGAAUCAUCUUCUCCUGAUUUUGAACUCCAGCAUCAACUUCUUGAUCUACUGUGUUUGUGGAACCAGGUUCCGCAAAGAACUUAGUAUGUUGUGUAGGUUAUCGUUCCUCUUACAGAGAGGAGCUGUCCAUGAAGUGGUAGAACUUUGCAACAACAACAACAACAGCCCUGCCCUUACGAGUGCUGUGGAGAGGUAUCCAACCACAGCCGUAUCCACACGUGGAACACCUAUCACAGCUGUAUCCACACGUGGAGCACCUACCACAGCUGUAUCCACACGUGGAGCACCUACCACAGCUGUACCCACACGUGGAACACCUACCACAGCUGUAUCCACACGUGGAACACCUACCACAGCUGUAUCCACAAGUGGAACACCCAACACCACUGUAUCUGGUAGGAACUUGAUGACGACAACCGUAUAGAGACAUGAAGAAAAGUAAUAUGAAACAAAAAAAUAAGAAAUAAAAAUUAGAAAUAAGAAACAAGAAACAACAAAAAAACGAAAUAGCAAAAAAACAAGAAACGAGAAAUUUGAGACGAUGAUUCAUCUCAGCAUAAAUCAUGAUUUAAUCAUAAUAUGUUAAUUGAAAAUAACUUUUGGCGCGGUUUUUCUAGCACUGCUAGAACCAAGAUGUGCACGAUCUCGCGCAAAAAUUGAAGAAUAUUUUGCCAACAACUUGCUGAUGGAACUCUCAAGGGUUGCUAGAAACUUCGAGAACAAUCCCUUUUAAAAAAAUGUGAGUUAAUGGAACAAAUUAGAGCUUUUAAAAUAGAGCUUCUAAUUGUUUCAUUAGAACUUGUUCAGACAACCAGAAAAAUACUGUUAAAAAUCCCGGUAACAUUUUCAAAAUCGGUGGAAGCAGUUCGAUUUUCAAGCAUUUAUAAAAAUAUUUUUAUCUAAAUACAAUACCUGGUAUUUUUAUAUUAGUACAGUGCACGCAUAUCUCUGAUAAUCCUGUAAAAAUAAGAUCGAAGCAAAAUUCAAAGGGUUAAAUUAAAUCAGCUUUUCUUACGCGGCAUUUAUUAACCUUUAAAUUCCACAGAUGCAGUGUUUUAAUUAAAGUCUUUACAGAAAAAAAUCAUAAUUACCUGCAAUUUUUUUCUGUACACUUAUUUUAGACAUUGUCAAAUUAUAUAAUGUGACGCAGGAGAACUAUUUCAAAUGCUGAAAAACACAAGUUCAACCUUCAGAACGGUAUCUUCUUUUAUAUAUAGUAUAGAAAUCACUCUUUUUCCGUUUUUAAAUCAUAACUCAGGAACCACUUUACCGAAUUCGGUUAGAUCAAAUGUUUUAAGUUUGAAAUAUCAAAGGGUUACACCGGAUCAGGUUGCAAAGACAUUGGAAUUAAAAAAUUUGAGU